GACCCGACGUUGGUCGACGAUCGUCGGACGUUGUCGAGCAACGCGCAGCGCAGCACAGCGCGCGACGCAACGCGACGGCGGACGCGGCCGCUAAUUAUCAAUGGCGCGAUGACGCGACGCCGUACAAAUGGCGGGUAAUGAAACAGCUGUUCACGCUGCCGCCGGCUCGACAUCUAGCGGAGCGCGGGCGCGAUCCGGCGCGCGUCGGCGACGACGUCGACGUAGAGUACGUCGCGGUGAGGAGGAACGCAGACCGCCGAGGAGGACCACCACCGCGACGGUGCUCGCGGGUGACCUGAGGAGGAACAUGGCCGCUGGCUGCUGCGGCGCGAAGAAGCAGAGGCUGGGCGGUACGUCGAGCCUAUCGCCUUGCGACGGCAGCGUUGUCGCGCGACACGGUGCUCCUCAACCGAGGAAGUGCACGAUCGCCCAGCCGGACAUGGGUUUCUUCUGCUUCGACGUGCUCUACUGCCAGCUACACCAGCUGGACCCGCCGAAGGCGCCCAACUUCAGCAACGAAGCGUUCCCUUUAUUUGUGACGUGGACAAUAGGAAAAGAUAUGAGGUUGCGAGGUUGUAUUGGUACUUUUAACGCGAUGCAUUUACACGCUGGGCUACGAGAGUACGCUACAACUAGCGCAUUCAAAGAUUCCCGAUUUAAUCCGAUAACACGGGACGAGCUGCCGCGCUUGCACGUGAGCGUGUCGAUUUUACGGCAUUUCGAGAACGGGGUUGACUAUUUAGAUUGGGAGGUGGGCGUUCACGGCAUUCGUAUAGAGUUCCACAAUGAGAAGGGUAAUAAGCGGACGGCCACUUACUUGCCCAGCGUAGCUAUGGAGCAAGGAUGGGACCAGAUACAAACGAUAGAUUCUCUGCUACACAAGGGCGGCUACAAGGGCCUAGUCACGCCCGACAUUCGUCGUAGCCUGAAACUGACUCGUUAUCAGAGCGAGGAGGUCACCGUGAGCUAUCAGGACUAUAUGACGCAUUGUCACAAUCGAAGAUGCUAGCAACUCGCCUGGGGUCCUGCCCAAGGGCCCCUGCCCCAGAGAUCCGCCGAGACUCGCUAUAACAACGUGCACGCAGUCAGUCCGUCUCACGUCUCGCCGCACGAUAACGCUCGGUACAAUCCCUUGGUGUCCAAUCAGCAGAACACGCAGAUCGUCACGCAGCCCGGUCGCUCGACAUUCAUACACCCGCUACCUUUGCCCCCGAUCCCCCCGGUCAUGGUGCCGAUACGUAACAAUCCGCCCGGCUGGUGGAAUAAUGCGGGUCCGUCCUAUCCGUCUGCGCCGCUUCUUCAUCCUCGACCGCAUCGCUCCUCCUCGACGCAGGAAGUCGCGGAAGUACGCGGGGUACGUAAGCGAAAAUGACACUGGCGGCGGUUUCUCCUCGCGCGAUUCUCCACCGCUUCAAGCGGUGCUGCGCGUUUCUCGUGUCUCAGUGUACGCGGUUUCCCGUUUGAUGAUAUAUCACGCGCGCCGUCUUGAGGAUAAUAACGACGUUGUCGCGCGCGCGCGCGCGCGCGCAUCACGACAUUGUCUAAUUGUUAAGUCGUCGCGUCGACAGAAAAAACGGUAACGACGCUCGCGUCGAUUCCGCACACAUGGCACUUUUAUCACGCGUCUCGAUUCGAUACGCGGAUCUCUAAUGAAAUUCGCGCGCCUCGGCAAUUAUAUACAUUUGCAUGUUCGCACGUGCGUCUAUGAGAGAGCGUCUUGAUAUUUUAAAAUAAAAAUAAUUUCCAAAAUUUCUCUAGUCCAUGAAGAUGGCAACACAGAAACUCCCACUUUGUAACGGAUGCAUUGGGUCGUCCGUUGUCAACGGCAAUUAACGCUGCCACCAUAUAUAUAUCACUAAGAAUCCGUUCGUGAUUCCGUGAUAUACGCGAGUGGCAACGAACGAACGCUUUCCACGGGUCAGUGAUUCAGCCUAAAAAUGCACUGCCUGCUUCGCGAGGUUUAAUGUACAAACUGAUGUAUAUUCCAUUCUUUGUACGAUAAGUAUUACGUGUGUGUGAACAUUCGUGUGUGAACGACGUACGUCAAACGAAGACGAAACCGAGACGAAAUUUCGGUUUUUUGAUAAACAAUAUUUUUGUUGAUAUAUUUCUCUCUGAUUGGGACAUACAUUCAUCUGGAUGUGUUUAGUGAGAUAGCGUGAGAUAGUAUAUCGUGGUGAAAGCGAUUCUCGCCUUAUCGAAACAAUUACACUCAUCACGUGUAUCACGUGAGUAAGUCGAGUAAGCUUAACGAGAUGACGUAAAUUUUCUGUGGUUAAUCGUUUUUAGUUAGCAAUGUUUAGAGAAGAAACGAGAACUACAGCAAAAAAGAUAAACGAUAGAACGUAAGUUAGACGUAAGACGUAAAAGAAGAGAAAAGAAGACGUAGAGAAAAAUAAAAAAGAGAGAGAGAAAGUGUGGAAGAUCUCAUCGUGAAUUUUUAAGUGUUGUAUGAUUUAUAAAAAUGUUACAAUUCCGUGAUAGCUACGUAGCACAGUCGCGAUAUAUCUUGUAUCGUACAUCUAUUGAUGUAUAAUUACGCAACUUGCGCGCAUUUUACACACACACACACACACACACACACACACACACACACACACACACACACACACACACACACACACAGUUUUACGACUAAUGAACUGAAUACUUGGCAAGAUCGUGACACACAAUUCAACGUCAAUUCUGCUUCUUCUCUCGAACUGCCAGCUAUUAUCGAUAGCGGGCGAUAACACACUGCCAAUUUAUUCGUUGUUGUAUCUUUUAUACUAAGGACAUUCGUUAAGAAAUAAAUGAAGAAUUGUUAUUGUAUCUUAUCUCUGUCACGUCGUGUUUCCGUGUCACAUUGCGUUACUAAUCGAGAUAUUCACCUAAUGAAUGAUUGAUUGGCGAUUUCUCGAAUUGUUCUCGCCUUUUGAGUCUCGAUAUUAACAUUAAUUCGACAAACUGCCACGCGUGCUUCGAUUCAAUGUCAUUACGAUAUUCUAUUAUACGAUACGAAGUAAUAAAACGCGAAGCGCGCGUUUCGCGUUGCAUACGAGCUCUCAUUUUGGCUCGUACGGGGUCUCGUCUGUUUGUGCAACAAAAACUUACAAUAAUGCAGUUUCGCUGUUCAGCUGUAUUACAGCGAGGGAGGAAUAUGAUCCUAACGAUCGUCAUAAAUGUAAAUUUGAAUUUUCGCAAUUUACACAAGCGGCUAAUAUGCUCGCGCGUUGGAUUUUGACAAUGAAAUAGGAGUGCGUUUGCACUCAAACGCAACUCUUUAAUUAAUCGUCACGUACCGUGCAAAUUCGCUGGAUUGCCGUGCAUUUCGUGGCGAAAACUUUCGCCGUGACGUGUCUUGUAAAACUGCAUAGAAUAAGCGCUUCGUCCACAGAUCCGGCCCACUUUAAUCUCAUCAGCUUCAUUUCUCGAUAACCAACGGCAAUCGGCGUCCGUUCUCGGUUUCUCCCAACUCGAGACUAAACGUAUUCGCCCGAGUUGACGUUGACGACGUAACGUAAGACGACAGGCUGAUCUUCGCGUGCAUUCAAACACGCCGGCGCGAAAAGCGGACUUACGAAGCCGCCGACGUUCGAGAUCCACACUGACUUGUAACUUGCAGGCUGCUUUCACCGCGGUGGAGAAAAAACGGAAUAAAGAUUUAUUAUAUUGUCACAA